CGGGAAUAUUUUGGCGGUAAAAACUUACAACAGUCAUCGGUUAUCUGUGCUGCACGGAUCAUCGUCGCUCUUCCUCGAUAAAAAGAUCGACGAAUGGUCUUGUGACUAUUAAAAGAACAUUGCAGCGUCAGUAAAGUUUCUCGAGAUAACGUUACGGUAACAGGAUCGAGUCUCAACGCAAAAGUUGUUUGUGUAUACAGGCAAAUAAACAACAAAUCUCAAUUCGUGAUUAUUGUGAUAGGCAAAGCAGCUCUCAAAGCGUUGAUAAAAAUGUCUGACUCCGCUGGCAAGUUAUACAAGCGUCCCUUUACGGUAUGCGUCGAAGGCAACAUAGGAAGUGGCAAAACAACAUUUCUAAGUCACUUCAAGAAAUUUGAUAAUGUCACAGUAUUGGAAGAACCAGUUGAACUUUGGCGUGAUGUUUCUGGGACAAAUUUAUUGGAAUUAAUGUAUAAAAAUCAAACUCGUUAUGCUUACUUAUUUCAAUCAUAUGUGCAAUUGACAAUGCUUCAACUGCAUACUUGUAUGACACCCUCACCAUUCAAAAUUAUGGAGAGGUCUGUCUAUAGCGCGAUGUGUUUUGUUGAAAAUCUAAAGCGUAAAAAUCUGCUGAGCAAUGCUGAAGUAUCUAUCUUGGAAGAGUGGUAUAAUUGGUGCUUGAGAAACGCCAAUAUUGAAACUGACUUGAUAGUAUAUUUAAAAACAACACCAGAGAUUGUAUACGAGAGAAUGAAGAAACGAGGACGAAAGGAAGAGAACACAGUGUCGUUGGAAUAUUUGAAACAAAUUCAUCAACUUCACGACGAAUGGCUGUAUCAUCAGACAUUGAGGCUGGUGCCAGCACCAAUCAUAACCAUAAACGGUGACCGAGAGCUCCACGAGAUGGUAGAAGAAUUCGAAAAAUGUAAAAAUCAGAUCUUUAAUAGGGUAGUAGAUAAUGACGAUAUAAACAAUACUAUGAUCACGACAGUACCGACGAAUUGUAUGAUACCCGAAAUCAAAGCUGGAAUUUCAGAUUGACAUGCAAGCAAAAAUUUCAGAUAAAAUCAGUAAAAACAUAGUACUUUGCUUUUUACAUGGGUACAACAUGAAUGAAACUUCAAUAAAUGUUUUACGAAAAUUAUAAUAUAUGUGCUACUAAUUGCUGGCAAAAAUUAAAUAUGUAACAUUUCAUUUUUAUUCGAUCGUAUUUCUUAUUUUAUACAUAUAUAUGCAUACAUGUAUAUACAUGUAUGUAUGUAUAUACAUGCAUAUACAUGUUUGUUUCUUUUAAAUUUGAGAUAAUAUAUUUCUCUUGAUUAAAUUAUUUAAAUGCGAGAAAGGGAGAGAACUUAACAAUUCGACAUAUGUGUAAAAAGAGUUUAGGACAUUAAAGUAUACAUAUACACAUAUAUAUAUAUAUAUAUAUAUAUAUAUAUAUAUAUAUAUAUAUAUAUA